AUGAUGACAGAGAGUCAUCGCGUGCCCCCACCUCCACCAGCUGCCCCCAGAUUUUUCCCCAGUGCCAAACAUUCUCUUGUUUCUGGUGUAAAGCGUUGGAGUCCGAUGCUUGGUGGGUUUUACAAGUCUAUGAUUGGUCGUCGAUUAGCUACAUUACUCAUCCCAGUAGAAGAACAAUUAGCCGAGGAAAUGGCCCAAAACAUUCUUCGCGAAGCUCUGACAGAGACUAUGGCUUCCCUUAGAGAGGUUACAUUCUAUCGAUUUUAUCAUGUAUUUCGCAAGGGGGAGCUGGAAACUCUCAUCAGUUCUGUCCCUUCACUUUUUGUUGUUCGAUCAACAUUUGAACAUGGAAACUGGUGCGUCGUUGUUCAGAAGCACGCCAAAACUGUGCUCAAUAUCUGA